AUGCUGCGUUGCACUGCAGACAUGCUGGUUGUUGGAUUGUUCUUUUUGGGCUUUCUGCACAGUUUGGAGGUGAUCCUUCCAGCAAGGGCUGUUGAUGCCCCAAAGACGUGCAGCCCUAAGCAGUUUGUGUGUAAGGACCAGGUGACCUGCAUCUCUAAAGGGUGGAGGUGUGAUGGAGAGAAAGACUGUCCCGACGGUUCGGAUGAGGCCUCCGAUGUCUGUCCACACAGCCGUGUGUCUCGCUGUCCCCCUAACGAAUACCAGUGCCAGGGCACAGAACUCUGUGUCCACAUGAGCAAACUGUGCAACGGAGCUCCAGACUGCCCUGAUGGCGGGGACGAAGGCGCCUUCUGCAGAGAGUUUGCUUCUAACUGUACCCUCGCUGGUUGCCACGACAACUGUGCAGUUACACGGACAGGACCAAUGUGUUAUUGCAAGAGCGGCUAUGAGAUCAGCCAGGAUGGAAAAACUUGUAAAGACUUUGAUGAGUGCACAGUUUAUGGAACCUGUAGUCAAACGUGUACAAACACAGAAGGUUCCUAUUCCUGUUCCUGUGUGGAGGGCUAUCUCACCCAGCCUGACAACCGCUCCUGCAAAGCCAAAAAUGUGCCAGUGGAACGCCUGCCUGUCCUCCUCAUCGCCAACUCGCAGAAUAUUCAGGCAACGUCUCUGAGUGGCACGACCAUCAACAACCUUCUCUUCACCAGCACCAAGCAGACCACGGCCAUGGACUUCAUCUACACCCAGGAGACGGUCUGCUGGAUCCAUGUGGGGGACGUCCCCGCGGGAACUCAGCUCAAAUGCGCCAGGAUCCCCGGGCUGAAGAGUUUCACGGACGAAAGGACCAUUAACAUAUCGCUCAGUUUACACCAUGUGGAGCAGAUGGCUAUCGAUUGGCUAACUGGGAACUUUUACUUUGUGGAUGACGUGGACGACCGGAUUUUCGUGUGUGACAAGGACGGGGGCACGUGCGUCACCCUGCUGGAUCAGGAGCUCUAUAACCCCAAAGGCAUCGCCCUGGACCCCACGAUGGGGAAGGUUUUCUUCACGGACUACGGCCAGAUUCCUAAAGUGGAACGCUGCGAUAUGGACGGACAGAACAGGACCAAGCUGGUGGACAGUAAGAUCGUCUUCCCUCACGGCAUCACGCUGGACCUGGUCAACAGGCUGGUCUACUGGGCAGACGCCUAUCUGGACUAUAUCGAAGUGGUGGACUACGAGGGCAAGAACAGGCACACCAUCAUUCAAGGCUUACUGAUUGAGCACCUUUACGGCCUGACGGUGUUCGAGAACUAUCUCUACGCCACCAACUCCGACAAUGCCAACAUGCAGCCCAAGACCAGCGUGAUCCGCGUCAAUCGCUUCAACAGCUCCGACUACCAAGUCGUCACCAGAGUGGACAAAGGAGGAGCACUGCAUGUCUACCACCAGAGACGACAACCCCCAGUGAGGAGCCAUGCUUGUGAGCCAGAUCAGUUUGGGAAAGCCGGUGGCUGCUCUGACAUCUGUCUGUUGGGGAACAACCAUAAGAGCCGGACCUGCCGCUGUCGCUCUGGGUUCAGCCUGGGUAGUGAUGGAAAGUCAUGCAAGAAGCCGGAGCACGAGUUGUUCCUGGUGUACGGUAAAGGUCGUCCUGGGGUCAUCCGGGGCAUGGACAUGAACGCUAAGGUUCCGGAUGAGUACAUGAUUCCCAUAGAGAACCUGAUGAACCCCAGGGCCCUGGACUUCCACGCCCAGAGCAGCUUCAUCUACUUCGCUGACGCCACCAGUUACAUCAUCGGCCGCCAGAAGAUCGACGGGACAGAGAGGGACAUCAUCCUCAAAGAAGGUAUUCACACUGUAGAGGGUAUUGCUGUGGACUGGAUGGCUAAUAACCUGUACUGGACCGACGACGGGCCCAAGAAAACCAUCAGUGUGGCCAGACUGGAGAAAGCCUCACAGACCCGCAAAACUCUCAUCGAGGGCAAGAUGACCCACCCUCGCGCCAUUGUGGUGGACCCCCGACACGGCUGGAUGUAUUGGACUGACUGGGAAGAGGACCCAAAGGAGAGCAAAAGGGGCAAAAUUGAAAGAGCCUGGAUGGACGGAACCAACCGGAACGUGCUCCUGACCUCCAAGACGGUUCUGUGGCCUAACGGCCUGAGUUUGGACAUCCCUCAGGGGGUUCUGUACUGGGUGGACGCCUAUUAUGACCGCAUUGAGAUGGUUAACCUCACCAACACAGAACGCACGACAGUGUACGAGGGACAGGAGCUGAACCACGCCUUUGGCCUGUGCCACUACAAACAUCUUCUCUUCUGGAACGAGUACCGGAGUGGCAGCAUUUACAAGCUGGACCAGAACACCAAGACCGUCACGCUCCUGCGUAACGAGAGACCGCCCAUAUUCGAGAUCAGGAUGUAUGACGCACAACAACAGCAAGGUACUAACGCAUGCCGUGCGAAUAACGGAGGCUGUAGCAGUCUGUGUCUGGCCACUCCAGUGGGCCGAACAUGUGCCUGUGCUGAGGACCAGCUUCUAGAUCCGGCGGACAACACCAGCUGCAAAGCGAACCCGUCCUACAUUCCACCUCCGCAGUGUCAGCCAGGUGAAUUUGCCUGCAAGAACAACCGAUGUAUUCAAGACCGCUGGAAGUGUGAUGGAGACAACGACUGUCUAGACAACAGUGACGAAGCCCCUGAACUCUGUCAUCAGCACACAUGUCCCACUGAUCGCUUUAAGUGCCAGAAUAACCGUUGCAUCCCCAGACGCUGGCUCUGUGAUGGAGACAAUGAUUGUGGUAAUAAUGAGGAUGAAUCCAAUACCACAUGUUCAGCUCGGACGUGUCCUCCCAACCAGUUCUCGUGUGCGAGCGGUCGCUGUAUUCCCAACUCCUGGACGUGUGACCUGGACGACGACUGCGGAGAUCGCUCUGACGAGCCUGCGUCUUGCGCAUACCCAACCUGCUUCCCCCUAACUCAGUUUACCUGUAACAACGGACGCUGCAUCAACAUCAACUGGCGUUGUGAUAACGAUAAUGACUGUGGUGAUAACAGUGACGAGGCGGGUUGCAGUCAUUCCUGCUCCAGCGCUCAGUUCAAAUGCAACAGCGGCCGCUGCAUUCCCGAUUACUGGACCUGCGACGGAGACAAUGACUGUGGAGACUACAGCGAUGAGACACACGCCAACUGCACCAAUCAGGCCACGCGGCCUCCUGGAGGCUGUCACACUGAUGAGUUCCAGUGUAACAUGGAUGGGCUGUGUAUUCCCAUGCGCUGGCGCUGUGAUGGAGAUACAGACUGCAUGGACCUGAGCGAUGAGAAGUACUGUGAGGGCGUCACACACAUCUGUGACCCUGCAGUCAAGUUUGGCUGCCGGGACUCCGCGAGGUGUAUCAGUAAGGCCUGGGUGUGUGAUGGAGACAGUGACUGUGAGGAUAACUCGGACGAGGACAACUGUGAGGCACUGGUGUGUAAGCUCUCUCAUCACGUCUGUGCCAACGACACCACCAUCUGUCUGCCCGCCGACAAACUCUGCGACGGCACCCAGGACUGCCCAGAUGGCUCUGACGAAAAGCUGUGUGACCUCUGCUCUCUGAACAAUGGAGGCUGCAGCCAUAACUGCACGGUGGCCCCCGGGGAGGGAAUCGUCUGCUCGUGCCCGCUGGGCAUGGAGCUGGGCACGGACAACAAGACGUGUCAGAUCCAGGGCUUCUGCGCCAAGCACCUGAAGUGCAGCCAGCGCUGUGAACAGGACAAGUUUAACGUAAAGUGCUCCUGCUACGAAGGCUGGGCCCUGGAACCAGAUAUGGAGAGCUGCAAAAGCUUAGAUCCCUUCAAACCAUUCAUCAUUUUCUCCAACCGACAUGAGAUCCGCCGUAUUGACCUGUACAAGGGUGAGUUCAGCGUCCUGGUUCCUGGCCUGCGGAACACCAUCGCUUUGGACUUCCACCUCAACGAGAGCUCGCUCUACUGGACCGACGUGGUGGAGGACAAGAUCUACCGUGGUAAACUGGCAGAGAACGGCGUUCUGACCAGUUUUGACGUUGUGAUCCAGUAUGGGUUGGCGACACCAGAGGGACUGGCAGUGGACUGGAUAGCUGGGAACAUCUACUGGGUGGAGAGUAACCUGGACCAGAUCGAAGUGGCCAAACUGGACGGUACCAUGCGUACCACCCUGCUGGCCGGAGACGUGGAACACCCCCGUGCCAUCGCUCUGGACCCUAGAGAGGGGAUUCUUUUCUGGACGGACUGGGAUGCCAGCAUGCCAAGGAUCGAAGCUGCAUCAAUGAGUGGGGAGGGCAGACGGACCAUUCAUAAAGAGACCGGGAAUGGUGGCUGGCCCAACGGCCUCACUGUGGAUUACCUGGAGCGCCGAAUCCUCUGGAUAGACGCAAGAUCCGAUGCAAUCUAUUCAGCCAAGUACGAUGGUUCUGGGCUGAUCGAGGUUCUCAGGGGACACGAAUACCUGUCGCACCCAUUCGCCGUGACCAUGUACGGGGGAGAGGUUUACUGGACGGACUGGCGCACUAACACACUGGCUAAGGCUAACAAAUGGACCGGCAACAACGUUACUGUGGUUCAGAGAACCAACACACAACCGUUUGACCUGCAAGUGUACCAUCCAUCCAGACAACCUCAGGCCCCUAACCCCUGUGCUGCUAAUGGAGGCCUGGGUCCAUGCUCUCAUCUCUGCCUGAUUAACUAUAAUCAGACUUUCUCCUGUGCCUGUCCCCACCUGAUGCGACUGGGCCCCAACAAUCACACCUGCUACGAGUCCCGGCAGUUCUUGCUGUAUGCGCGACAGAUAGAGAUUCGGGGCGUGGACAUCUAUAACCCUUAUUACAACUACAUCAUCUCCUUCACUGUUCCCGACAUCGAUAACGUCACGGUGGUGGACUACGACGCUCUGGAACAGCGUAUUUACUGGUCUGACGUCCGCACACAGACCAUCAAGAGAGCUUUCAUCAAUGGCACAGGCAUCGAAACAGUGGUCUCAGCAGAUUUGCCUAAUGCCCAUGGGUUGGCAGUAGACUGGGUGUCUCGUAACCUGUUCUGGACCAGUUACGAUGCCAACAAGAAGCAGAUCAACGUGGCCAGACUGGACGGCUCCUUCAAAAACGCUGUGAUCCAGGGACUGGACAAACCCCACUGCUUAGUGUUGCAUCCAGUACUGGGAAAGCUCUAUUGGACAGAUGGAGACAACAUCAGUAUGGCCAACACAGAUGGUAGCAACCGCAGUGUUCUUUUUACCAGUCAGAAAGGACCUGUUGGUCUGUCCAUUGACUUUGACACAGAACACCUGUACUGGAUCAGCUCAGGCAACAGCACCAUUAAUCGCUGUAAACUGGACGGCAGUGGACUGGAGGUGUUGGAAGGAAUGAAGGGCAAACUGAACAAAGCCUCAGCACUGGCCAUAAUGGGUGAGAAGUUGUGGUGGGCAGACCAAGGCACAGAUCAGAUUGGCACAUGUGAUAAGAGUGAUGGGGGCAACUGGAAGGUUCUGAGAAACAGCACGUCCCCAAUAAUGCACAUGAAGAUUUACAAUGAAACCGUACAGAAAGGUUCUAAUAUGUGCAGUAAAAACAAUGGAGACUGCUCUCAGCUAUGCCUGCCUACUUCACCAACCACCCGCGCCUGCAUGUGCACCGCAGGUUACAGUCUGAAGAGUGGGCAACAGUCCUGUGAAGGUGUGGGCUCCUUCCUGUUGUACUCUGUUCACGAGGGCAUUCGGGGCAUCCCACUGGACCCUGCAGACAAGUCUGACGCUCUGGUUCCAGUGUCUGGCACCUCUCUGGCUGUGGGAAUUGAUUUCCAUGCUGACAAUGACACUAUCUACUGGGUGGACAUGGGCCUGAGCACCAUAAGCAGAGCCAAGAGAGACCAGACCUGGAGAGAGGAUGUGGUGACCAAUGGAAUCGGACGAGUUGAAGGCAUCGCUGUGGACUGGAUUGCAGGAAACAUUUACUGGACAGAUCAAGGCUUUGACGUGAUUGAGGUGGCCCGUCUCAAUGGCUCUUUCCGUUACGUGGUCAUAUCACAGGGUCUGGACAAACCCAGAGCUAUCACUGUCCACCCAGAGAAAGGGUACCUGUUCUGGACAGAGUGGGGUCAGUACCCUCGCAUUGAGAGGUCACGUCUGGAUGGCUCCCAGAGGGCUGUGCUUGUCAACGUCAGUAUCAGCUGGCCUAAUGGGAUCUCCAUUGACUACCAGGAGGGUAUGCUGUACUGGUGCGAUGCACGCACUGAUAAAAUUGAGCGUAUUAAUCUGGAGACUGGACAGAACAGAGAAGUUGUGCUGGCCAGUAACAACAUGGACAUGUUCUCUGUCUCUGUGUUUGAGAAUUACAUCUACUGGAGUGACAGGACCCAUGAGAACGGCUCUAUAAAGAGAGGCAGUAAGGAUAACGCCACAGACUCAGUGGCUCUGAGGACAAGUAUUGGAGUGCAACUCAAAGACAUCAAAGUCUUCAACAGGGCCAGACAACAGGGAACCAACAUAUGCAAGGACAACAAUGGCGGAUGCCAACAGCUGUGUCUUUACCGUGGUAAUGGGCAGCGCACCUGUGCGUGUGCCCACGGCGUACUUGCCGAUGACGGGCAGAGUUGCCGUGACUACGAUGGCUAUUUGCUUUACUCGGAGCGAACCAUACUAAAGAGCGUGCACCUGUCAGAUGAGAACAAUCUAAAUGCACCUAUUAAACCAUUUGAAGACCCAGAGCACAUGAAGAAUGUGAUAGCUCUGACAUUUGAUUACCGUGGCGGGGGAGGAGGCAAAGGAGCCAAUCGCAUCUUUUACAGUGAUAUCCACUUUGGGAACAUCCAACAGAUUAACGAUGAUGGAUCUGAUCGGAAAACAGUGGUCGAGAAUGUUGGUUCAGUGGAAGGCCUGGCCUAUCACAGAGCCUGGGACACACUAUACUGGACUAGCUACACCACGUCCACCAUCACCCGCCACACUGUGGACCAGAGCCGCUGGGGGGCAUUUGACCGUGACACUGUGGUCACCAUGUCUGGAGACGACCACCCAAGAGCCUUUGUCCUUGAUGAAUGUCAGAAUCUGAUGUUCUGGACUAACUGGAACGAGCAGUCUCCCAGUAUCAUGCGUGCCACACUGUCUGGUUCCAACGUGUUGCGGAUCAUCGGCAGUGACAUCCGGACACCCAACGGUCUGGCCAUAGAUCAUCGUGCAGAGAAACUUUAUUUCUCUGAUGCCACUCUGGACAAGAUUGAACGAUGUGAAUACGAUGGCAGCCGCCGCUAUGUGGUGUUAAAGAAUGAACCCGUGCACCCUUUUGGAUUGGCUGUUUAUGGUGACUAUAUUUUCUGGACCGACUGGGUGCGCAGAGCUGUCCUCAGAGCCGACAAAUAUUUCGGCGUAGUCAUGAAGGUUCUGCGGGCCGACAUACCUCAACAGCCGAUGGGCAUCGUUGCCGUCGCUAACGACACAAACAGCUGUGAAUUCUCACCCUGUAGAGUAAAUAACGGAGGCUGCCAGGAUUUAUGUCUGCUCUCCUCAGAGGGCAAGGUCAACUGCAGUUGCCGUGAUGACCGAAAACUACUGGAUGACAACACAUGCAUUGCAGCGAACACCACGUGUAACAGCAUUGAUGACUUUGAGUGUGGAAACGGAGACUGUAUUAACUACACACUGACAUGUGACGGCAGAGCCCACUGCAAAGAUAAAUCUGAUGAGAAACAGUCCUACUGCGCCAACCGUGUGUGUAAGAAGGGCUACAGACGUUGUGUUAAUGGUCGCUGUGUUAAUCUGAGCUCCUGGUGUAACGGACUCGACGACUGUGGGGACAACUCAGACGAGCUCUUCUGUAACGCCACUCUGUGUACGGUGGAGCAGUUCCAGUGCAGAGAUGGACGCUGCAUCUCUAACUCCAGUCGCUGUAAUCAAGUCUUGGACUGCGAUGACGCCAGUGAUGAGAUGAACUGCUCUGCUACGGACUGUUCCAGUUACUUCCGUCUCGGGGUGAAGGGGGUGACCUAUCAGAAGUGUGAGUUCACUACUCUCUGUUAUGCCCCCUCAUGGCUGUGUGACGGGGCCAACGACUGUGGAGACUUCUCUGACGAGAGAAACUGCCCAGGUAGCCUGAAAUUGAAGUGUCCGUCCAAUUUCUUCGCCUGUCCAAGUGGACGCUGUAUCCCCAAAAGCUGGACCUGUGAUAAAGAGAAUGACUGUGAGAAUGGAGCCGAUGAAGCACACUGUGAUAAGUUCUGCACAGCGGCUCAGUUUGAGUGUGGGAACCAUCGCUGUAUCUCCAGCCGCUGGGUGUGUGACGGAGCCGACGACUGCGGUGAUGGAACUGAUGAGGACAACAGCAGAUGCAAGAAUAAGACCUGCAGUGCCGAUGCCUUCCACUGCCCAGGAUCACACAAGUGUGUGCCCCAGCACUGGGUGUGCGACGGGGACAAAGACUGUCCGGAUGGAGCUGACGAAAGCGUCAAGGCUGGCUGCACUUUCAACAACACGUGCGAGGCCAACGAGUUUAUGUGUCAGAACAGACAGUGUAUCCCCAAACACUUUGUGUGCGACCAUGACAACGACUGUGGCGACGGGUCAGACGAGUCCAUUGAGUGCGAUUAUCCCACCUGCAAGCCUAACGAGUUCCGCUGUGCCAACGGACGAUGUCUCAUUCAGAGCUCCUGGGAGUGUGAUGGAGAGUUUGACUGCCAUGACCAAUCAGACGAAGCCCCCAAAAACCCUCGCUGCAAUGGCCCAGAGAAGAAGUGCAAUGAAACGGCGUACGCGUGCGGAAACGGGAAAUGCAUUAACGAGACUCUGCUGUGCGACCGGAAGGACGACUGCGGCGAUGGCACAGAUGAGCUAAACUGUUUCAUCAACGAGUGUUUGAACAACAAGAUCAGCGGCUGCUCCCAGCUCUGUGAGGAUAUGAAGGUUGGCUUUAAGUGUAGGUGUCACCCUGGCUUCAGACUGAAGGAUGAUGGGAAAACAUGUGUGGAUAUAGACGAGUGCACCAGCACCUACCCCUGUACCCAGCGCUGCAUUAACACUCAUGGCAGUUUCCACUGUCUGUGUGUGGACGGCUUUGUCCUCAGUCCUCAGGAACCCACCAUCUGCAAGUCCAUCUCUGAGGAGGAACCUUUCCUCAUUUUUGCUAACCGUUACUACCUGAGGAAGCUCAACCUAGAUGGCUCCAACUACACUCUGUUAAAACAGGGCCUGAACAACGCAGUAGCCCUAGACUUCGACUACAGACAGCAGAUGAUCUAUUGGACAGAUGUGACAACACAAGGCAGUAUGAUCAGACGCAUGCACAUCAACGGCAGCAAUGUUCAGGUCCUUCACCGGACGUCCCUCAGUAACCCAGAUGGUCUGGCUGUGGAUUGGGUGGGAGGGAACCUGUACUGGUGCGAUAAGGGGCGGGACACGAUUGAGGUGUCCAAACUGAAUGGAGCUUAUCGCACAGUACUGGUGAACACUGGCCUCAGAGAACCCAGGGCAGUGGCCGUGGAUGUACGCAACGGGUACCUGUACUGGACAGACUGGGGUGAUAAUCCCCAUAUAGGUCGCAUUGGGAUGGAUGGCACCAACAGAAGUGUGAUUGUGGACGACAAGAUAACCUGGCCCAACGGACUUACGCUGGACUUCAUUAACGACCGUAUCUACUGGGCUGACGCCAGAGAGGACUACAUAGAGUUUGCCAGUCUAGACGGAUCCAAUAGACACACAGUUCUAAAUCAGGACAUUCCACACAUAUUUGCAAUGACUCUGUUUGAGGAGUAUAUCUACUGGACGGACUGGGAGACCAAGUCCAUUAACAGAGCUCACAAGACACUGGGCAUCAACAAGACAAUGCUGAUCAGCACUCUACACAGACCUAUGGACAUUCAUAUUUAUCAUCCAUACAGACAACCUGAGGUUCCUAACCACCCGUGUCAGACGGAUAACGGAGGCUGCAGUAAUCUCUGUCUGCUCUCUCCUGGCGGUGGUUACAAGUGUGCCUGCCCCACCAACUUCUACCUGGCCGCCAACGGACGCCAGUGCUUGUCCAACUGCACCGCCAGCCAGUUUGUGUGUAAGAAUGACAAAUGUAUUCCGUUCUGGUGGAAGUGUGACACAGAGGACGACUGUGGGGACAGGUCUGAUGAACCUGCUGACUGUCCUGAGUUUAAAUGCAGACCCGGUCAGUUCCAGUGUGGUACUGGCAUCUGUACCAACCCAGCGUACAUCUGUGAUGGAGACAACGACUGCCAAGACAACUCAGACGAGGCCAACUGUGACAUCCAUGUUUGCUUGCCCAGUCAGUUUAAGUGCACAAACCCCAGCCGCUGUAUACCCGGAAUCUUCCGCUGUAACGGCCAGGACAACUGUGCAGGGGGGGAGGACGAGAAAGACUGCCCGGAGGUGACGUGUGCUCCUAACCAGUUCCAGUGUGCCAUCACUAAACGCUGCAUCCCACGUGUCUGGGUGUGUGACCGUGACAACGACUGCGUGGACGGCUCCGAUGAACCUGCCAACUGCACUCAGAUGACGUGUGGGGUGGAUGAGUUCCGCUGUAAGGACUCAGGACGCUGUAUCCCGGCGAGAUGGAAGUGCGACGGGGAGGACGACUGUGGAGACUCUUCAGAUGAACCCAAGGAGGAGUGCGACGAGCGGACGUGUGAACCGUAUCAGUUCCGCUGCAAGAACAACCGCUGCGUACCGGGCCGUUGGCAGUGUGACUACGACAACGACUGUGGAGACAACUCUGACGAGGACAAGUGUGUUCCACGGCAGUGCUCUGAGAGUGAGUUUGCCUGUACUAACGGCCGCUGCAUCGCUGGGCGUUGGAAGUGUGACGGUGACCAUGACUGUGCCGACGGGUCAGAUGAGCAUGGCUGUGAUGUGAAGUGUGACAGUGAUCAGUUCCAGUGUAAGAACGGUCACUGCAUUCCCUACCGCUGGAGGUGUGACGCUGACGCUGACUGCAUGGAUGGCAGUGACGAGGAGAAAUGUGACAGUGGAGUUGGGAGACACUGCCCUCUAGAUGAGUUCCAGUGUAAUAACACCCUGUGUAAGCCUCUGGGUUGGAUGUGUGAUGGAGAGGAUGACUGUGGAGACAAUUCUGAUGAGAACCCAGAGGACUGCAGGAAGUUCCAGUGCCCACCAACCAGACAGUUCCGUUGUCAUAACGACCGUGUGUGUAUAGCACUAUCUAAGCAGUGUGAUGGUGUGGACAACUGUGGUGAUAACAGUGAUGAGCUCAACUGCCAGGUUCCUGGUCCAGUCACGUGUGGAAAGGAUGAGUUUGCCUGCAGUAAUGGCAGGUGCAUCAAUAUUAACCUGCGGUGCAACUUCUUUAAUGACUGUGAGGACUACGGUUCUGAUGAGAUCAACUGCAAUAAGAAAGACACAGGGCUGAAUGAAUGCCAUCAGAACAGAAGUAUAUGUGGAGACGGAGAUGAAGCUCACUGUGUGGUGAAUGGAACAGACUCAUUCUGCUCCUGCAAGCCAGGCUUCCGAAAAACACACCAGCAAACCUGCAUAGAUAAGAAUGAGUGUGCGCAGUUUGGGGUGUGCUCCCAGUUCUGUAACAACACCAAGGGUUCAUACAAAUGUCUGUGCCACAAGAACUUCAUCAGGAUUAACGAGACCUGCAAGGCCGACAGCGAUGUUCAGCGGGUUCUGUACAUCGCCGAUGAUAACGAGAUCCGAAGCCUGAACACCGGACUGCCAAACUGGGUUUACGAGCAGACAUUCCAGGGAGAUGCCAACGUCAGGAUAGACGCCAUGGACGUGCACAUCAAGUCCAACCGUAUUUUCUGGACUAACUGGCACACCGGACGAAUCUCAUCGUACGAACUCCCGGCGACGGGACCGAGUUCACCCAACUCCAACAGGAACCGGCGCCAGACCGACAACCGCAUCACCAAUCUUGAGAUUCCGGGUCUGAAGAUGCCCAGAGGAAUUGCGGUGGACUGGGUGGCUGGAAACAUCUAUUGGACGGACUCGGGCCGUGAUGUCAUUGAGGUGGCCCAGAUGAGCGGACAACAUCGCAAGACCCUCAUAUCAGGCAUGAUUGACGAGCCCCACGCCAUCGUUGUGGAUCCCCAGAGAGGCAUCAUGUACUGGUCAGACUGGGGUAAUCAUCCGAAGAUUGAGACUGCAGCUAUGGACGGCACUAUGAGAGAGACUUUAGUCCAUGAAAACAUUCAGUGGCCAACUGGCCUGGCGGUGGAUUACUAUAAUGAGCGCCUGUACUGGGCAGACGCUAAGCUCUCAGUGAUUGGCAGUGUGAGACUGAAUGGAACAGACCAGGUGGUUGCUGUGUCCAGCUUCAAGAACAAGCUCCAUCACCCCUUCAGCAUUGAUGUGUUUGAGGACUACAUUUACGGCGUGACCCACGUCAACAACUUUGUCUUCCGUGUCAACAAGUUUGGCAAGGGCUUGGUGGAGAACCUGACGACAGGCAUGAACCACGCCACAGACUUGGUGUUGUACCACCGCUACAAACAGCCAGAGAUGACAAAUCCAUGUGACAGAAAGAAGUGUGAGUGGCUGUGUCUACUCAGCCCCAGUGGCCCAGUCUGCACCUGUCCCAACGGACGCAUGCUUGACAAUGGCACCUGUGUGGAGGUCCCCACACCUACUGUGUCCCCUGUCUCUCCCAGUGGGCCCUGUACCCUGCAGUGUCUGAAUGGUGGGAGCUGUAUUGUGAAUGCCAGGAAGCAGCCCAAGUGCCGCUGUCAGCCCCACUACGGCGGAGAGAAGUGUGAGAUCAACCAGUGCAGAGACUACUGCCAGAACGGAGGAACCUGUACUGCAUCCCCUACAGGUGCUCCUACAUGUCGCUGUUUGACUGGUUUUACUGGGCCGAACUGUAACCUGCGCACCUGUAAGAACUACUGCCAGAAUGGCGGCAAUUGCACCGUCAAUCGUGGAAACCAGCCCACUUGUCGUUGCCCUGACAACUUCCUUGGAGACCAGUGCCAGUACCGUAGCUGUGAGGGUUUCUGUGCUCAUGGUGGCACGUGUCUGCAGGCGAAUGAUGGCUCGAGACAGUGCCGCUGUCCUCCACGUUUCAUUGGAAACACCUGUGAGGUGGACAAGUGUCACUACUGCCGUGACGGCAGGUGCAUUCCCAUCAACCCCGCCCAGACCAACGGAGAAGUCACCUGCAGCUGUACCAACGGCAUGAAACAGCCCAGCUGCUACACUUGUGAAGAAUACUGUGCUAAUGGUCAAUGCUCAUUUAACCCUCUUACACAGCUUCCAGAGUGCAAGUGCCCUCCUGGAUGGCAAGGACAUCGUUGUGAAAACCCUGCUCCCAAUGUGAAUGCAGAGUCCAGUAGUCGCACAGCAUCUAUAGUCAUCCCUGUACUGUUGUUGAUACUGCUGGUCUUGCUGAUUGGAGGUGCAGUGUUCUGGUACAGAAGAAGAAUGAGGGGGUCUGGCAAGCCGGCCAAAUCUUGCACCAGACGAUCGCGUGCUAAAGGUUUCCAGCAUCAGAGAAUGACGAAUGGUGCGAUGAAUGUGGAGAUCGGAAACCCGGCGUAUAAGAUCUACGAAGGCGAGCCAGACGACGAUGUAGGAGAGUUACUGGACUCAGACUUCACUCUGGACCCAGACAAGCCCACCAACUUCACCAACCCUGUUUAUGCCACUCUGUACAUGGGAGCUCACAACAGUCGCAACUCCCUGGCCAGUACGGACGAGCAAAAGGAGCUGCUAUCUCGGGGGGACGAGGAGCCCCUGGUGGACCCAUUAGCAUAGACUGUCCAUAGGGUCGGGCCAUACCAUUUCAAAACACCCCCUUCUGCCUUUUUAAGAAAUGAAAAGAAAAAAAAAAUCAACGGAAGAAAAUCAGCGAUAAAGAGCGAACACUGUAUAAAAUGUACAAUAUGAAGGACUACUUUUGUAUGUGAUCGCAGUAUUAUAUUUUGUUCUUUUACAAUUCUUCUGGUUAAAACAAUGAUGGAAGAAAAAAAAAAAAAACCUAAACAUUUUAUAUACAGUUUUUUAUUUAGCAUUUUUCAUGCCCUUCCCUGUACCUUAAUAGCCACUACCUCUGUGCAGAAUAGAACAGAUGAAGAUGAAAAUUGGAGGUAAAUCAUGUUUGGAGCCAUUUUAUUAUUUUUUUAUUUUUAUAUGAAUUGUAUAGAAAAGAAAACGUUGUUCCAUAUCAUCAGUGCCAACUGUCUGAGGUAUGCCAUGACUGGGUUGGGGUGAAAAGUUGUUAAAUUACAGUUUUAUCUUGGUGAUGUUUUGUCCUUAACUACUCGUAUGUCUGACGGGACAUUAUUGUACUCUGUACAGCACAUGUAAAGUGGCAAAUUUAAUAUUUCCAUAGUAUUUUCAUAGAGAUUUAUGUUUGGGAAUGAUUGUGUCCUCUUUCUUGCACAGACUCAAGCUUACGCGGUGUGUAUACCGUAAAAAAAUAUAUAUAUUGGCAGGUCAAUAUACAAAUAUGUUGUUUUUUUUGU